GGUGCUUGGACAACUUCAAACCUACUUUUUCAUUUUUGUCAUUUUUCUCAAUUUAACUGUUGGACAUAUUUCAAGGACAGUAAAGAGAAGGCUGUUGAAUCUUUUCGAAUGAAGUAGAAUAUGGAGUCAAUUGGUUUUGUGGCGGCUAACCAGAAAGUAUUAACAUUGCACGAUAGCAACCGAAGUACGGAAGGACAGUGAAAACAUGGUUGUUCUCUUUUGUUUUGUGGAAUGCAGUAUGCAUCUUUGGGUGAAAAAUAUUAGGUUCUGACAUGAUUAGUCUGUUGGAAUGCCAAACCCAAAGAAACCAGAACAUAUGCUCCAACUUCUCCAGCAUUUCAUCAAACACUCUAACCAAAUCAAACAAAUACAUUCCCUUCUCACAACCAGUGGCCGUCUCCUCCUUACCUCUCAAUGGAUCAACACACUUCUUUACAACACUCUCAUCAGAGCUUACCUCAACAUUUCCCAGCCUCAAACAACUCUCAUCCUUUUCACACACAUGCUUUUUCAUCAAGCUCAACCAAAUAGCCAUACUUUCCCUUCCCUUAUCAAAGCAGCCUCAUCUUUCCCGCCCCAUUUGGCUUCCCAUAUAGGCAAACCCCUUCAUUGUCAAGUCUUGAGAAGAGGGGUGUUGAGUGACCCGUACGUGUGUACAUCUUUUAUUGGGCUGUAUUCUCAGGCGUGUGAACUCGGGAGUGCGCACAAGGUGUUUGAUGAAAUUCCUGAACCAUGUGUUGUUUCGUAUAAUGCGAUGCUUGAUGCUUGUGGGAAAAAUGGGGAUAUGAGUUUGGGUUUUUUGAUGUUUUCUCGCAUGCCUUACAGGGAUGUUUAUUCAUGGACUAGUAUGAUUCAUGGGUACAUGAAGAAUGGGUGCUCUGAAGUUGCUGUUAAGUUCUUCCAGAGAAUGAUGGUUCAUGAGGAUGUGAAGUGUGGUUUAUUGAAGCCAAAUGAGGCUACUUUUGUUAGUGUUCUUUCUUCUUGCACGUUCUUGGAUGUUGGUGUGGCGUUAUAUUUAGGGAGGCAAGUACAUGCUUACAUGGUAAAGAAUGAGGAGUUGAGUGUCUUCAUGACGACCGCGUUGAUUGCGUUUUAUGGGAAGAUGGGUUGUUUGGUAUAUGCUUCAAAGGUAUUCGAUGCAAUGGUUAUCAAGCAGGUUUGUGCUUGGAACGCUAUGAUUUCUUCCCUAGCUUUGAAUGGUAGAGAGAAGCAGGCAUUAAUGAUGUAUGAGAAGAUGAGAGCAAGGGGGCUGCAACCAAACGAGAUUACAUUCGUGGCAGUUCUAUCAGCUUGUGCGCGUGCCAAGCUUGUUGAUUUGGGGUUUAAAUUGUUUGAAACAAUGUCGCAUGAAUUUGGACUUGUACCUAAGAUGGAACAUUAUGGUUGUAUGGUUGAUCUCUUAGGGAGAGCUGGGCUACUGCAGGAAGCGCAUGACUUUAUGAAAAAGAUGCCUUUUGAAGCUGAUGCCACUGUCUUGGGUGCGCUGAUGGGUGCUUGUAGACUUCAUGGAGCCAUUGAGCUGGGAAAUGAAGUCGCACAGCUAUUGCUUAAGUCGCAACCGAAUCAUUCUGGGCGAUAUGUGCAACUCUCAAGCAUUUAUGCUGGGGCAGAGAGGUGGGAUCAUGCUGCUGCCUUGAGAAAGUUUUUUGCAGGUAUCAUUAUGCAGUUGUUGUUUCAAGUUACUGUUUGGGAUAGGGGAAUCUUAAUAGCUCAGUUGGUUGGUUGGCUACCUGAGUUUUCACCUUGUUGGUGAGGGUUCAAUAUCCACCUUGUAAUUCCCUACCCUAUUUCCCCCUCCCUUCCCCAAAUUCAACAAAAAGUAAAUAAAUUAUUGUUUGGAAUUGAGGCAUAAUUGUUGUUGUAUACUCCCUCCGGUCCAAAAUAAGUGAUUUUUUGGCCUUUUUCUU